CAGUUUUCGUUUGGCAUUCGUUUGAAUAGCACACAAUCCAUUUGAUUUUGGGAGACACGUACACAGCAUUUUGUUACAAAAAAAAAACGCCGGCGAUGAAUGCGAUUGAUGUGGAUUUCAGUCUAGACAUGGGAAGGACCACUCGCCGGUCGAUCCAGCAAUCGUUCUUCAGCUACUGCGAGCAACUGCUCGAGAUCGCCCUGAUCCUGACGUACGAGAGUGGUCGGUUCCUACGGCGUUUAUGGGAACGAACUGGCAAGGAGGUUUCGUUCAACAAGCAGCUGCGUACUGAAGACAAUGGCGAUGGGGGUUGGAUAACCAGGAACCGCCAAUACCAGACCCACAACCCCAGGAUGAGCGCCCAACGGAGGAGUUCGGGUGGCGAAGGUGAUUUCAUUCGACGCGAGGACAAAGUCAGCAUUCGACUGCCGCGACUUGUGAGUGUGGUGUGCGGUUUCGCCAAGGACCGGAUCACACAUUCACAAUACAAUCGUGGGAAGUUCGGUGAGGAUGCCUGGUUCAUGACCUCCAACUCGAUGUCGCACACGUUGGGCGUGGCCGAUGGCGUGGGCGGUUGGCGGAGCUAUGGCGUGGAUCCCGGUGAGUUCAGCAUGUUCCUCAUGCGAUCCUGUGAACAGUUGUCCUGCGCCAAGGACUAUAAGCCGGAAAGACCGGACUUGCUGCUCGGCCGAGCCUAUGGCGUUCUCCUGGAGCAAACGUGCCCCGUGGUGGGCAGCUGUACCGCCUGCAUCCUGACCCUCAAUCGUGCGAACAGCACCCUUUACACCGCCAAUAUCGGGGACAGUGGCUUUCUGGUGGUGCGAUCUGGUGCCGUGGUUUGCCGAUCGGUGGAGCAGCAGCACCACUUCAACACCCCCUAUCAACUGUCCUCUCCUCCGCCGGGCCAUGAUCUGAACGUGCUCUCGGAUGGUCCGGAAUCGGCGGACCUAAUCGAGUUCCCCACGCAGCUCGGCGACGUUAUUAUCCUGGCCACCGAUGGGGUGUACGACAAUGUGCCGGAGGGUUUUCUCGUCGAGAUCCUGAACGAAAUGUCGGGCGUUUCGGAUCCCGUACGCCUUCAGAUGACCGCCAAUGCGGUGGCGCUGAUGGCCCGCACUUUGAGCUUCAAUCCGAAUCAUGACUCUCCGUUCAGUCAGAAUGCCCGAAAACUCAAUAUUGAUGCGUCAGGCGGAAAGCCAGAUGACAUUACGGUCAUUUUGGCGACUGUUGUCUAAGUGGCGCACGGAAUCGAAGAUUCAAUCGGGGAUUGGUUAAACUGUAAGAUAGUAUGGAUAAGAGAAACGGCGGCAGCUCCCUUGCAGAAUUUACUGACAAAUGCUCAAGAUAUAUGUAGUUUCCAACCAUUUGUUAGUAGCAGCUGUCCAGCAGAGUUGCCCGUAAAAAUCAUCUCAAAAACAAACAAAAAAAUAGCAGACCCGUCGCCCAAUCUUCGUUUUUCACCGCUCUUCGUUUUUAACUUUCAUUCAAACAAUGCUAUGUAUCAAAAGAAAAUUUCUAAAUUAUUUAAAGUGUAAUAAAAGGUUUGUUUUAUUAAAGGGAA